AUGUCAGAAGCGUCGCGUUACCCCGAAUUAGUGGAUAUCCCCACGGCCAUGUCCAAACAGGGCAAUGUAACGGUCCUGGGGGUAGUGGUAGAUGCCAUGGCUCCAAUGAGGUCCAGAGGCACAUCGAUCUUCAUAACCUUUACCCUCAAAGAUUCCAACCUAGAUAACGGCCAUACGUGGGAUGGACUGAAGAUCAAAUACUUUCGAGACAACGAAAGUCAAUUACCCCCUGUACGUAAGGGCGACGUGCUUCUUCUGCGGAACGUUUGGGUAAGAACACUCGCUGGGAAGCCACUGGGCGUGGCUGCCCAAGAUAGGACGAUCCCAUGGGCACUGUUUCGUCAUGAAUCUAACCCAAUGUCCACUGCAACGCCCAUUUGUGGCCCGACACCGUUUGAGCCAUCAUUCACGGAAAAGAGGCUAGCACGAUCUUUACUAGAAGAUAGUUUAAAGCUCAAGGAGUUUCGGAUCUAUUCCGUGAAGCCCGUGGCCCCUCAAUCCCACUCGGCUACACCUGCAUCGAAGUCCAACCAUUCUGCUCCUGAUCGCUUCACGCUGGUCAGAGAUGCAAAAUAUAAUGCAAAAUACAAAACAUAUGUCGACAUCAUAGGGGAAGUUGUCAAGAUCUACCCCACCUCUCGCGGCGACCACGUCUUGAUGUAUAUCACCGACUACACGACGAAUAGGAACCUACCUGAUCAUGGCAGCGAUGACGAGAAGGGCCAAGAAGGCGACGACUACAACUAUCAGCGCUAUAACCAAAAAAGAUGGAAAGGCCCAUCCGGUCAGUUGUCUCUCGCAGUAACAAUUUGGGAACCGUAUGAUUCCUAUGUCCGAGAACAUGUCAACGAGGAAGAUCUCGUCUAUCUAAGCAACGUUGAGAUUAAAAGGGGUAGUCACAGCACGACUAUGGAAGCUGCCAUUCAUGGCGACAAAUGGCAGAGCAACAGGGACAAAGUCCGUCUAAUAGACCCCAAAUCUGAUGCUCGAGCCCGGGAGCUUCUACAUCGAAGGGAGGAAUACUGGAGCAGAAAUCAAUCGAAACGAAAACUUGCACAAGAUGACGAGCCACCGCCGCAAUCAAAACAGGCUAAGAGGCUGCAAAAACGGAAGGCCGAGGCAAAGAAAGAUGCAAGUCAGACUUCGAUCGCCUCCAGGACCCGAGACCCCUUCAAUUCAAGUAUCAUUGCUGCAUAUAGCAGCUGCACUUACCUCCCAAUCGAGGACAUUCUUACCAACGAAUCACAUAACAAUGUCUCGCCUCAUCAAAUUCAAUAUCGCUUUCCAUUCCAAAACCUCUGUUACCGGUCUAUUGUUCGCGUCGUCGACUUUUUCCCUCAUAAACUCGAGGAUUUUGCUGUACCAGAAAGGCAAGACGAUGGACUGCUUGCCCGCCAAGAACGCGAAUACGCAACGGGUGAUGCCUUCAACAGAUGGGAAUGGCGCUUUUGUCUUCUCAUCGAAAGUUCCUCAGCGCCACCCCCCGGACAGGCCAGGGAACAGAUGAAACUUUUUGUGUCGGAUGUGGAAGCAGUGCACUUACUAAAUCUUGACGCAAGCGAUUUACGCAAGAACCCAGACGAUCUGGCACGUUUAAGAGAAAAGCUCUUUAUCCUCUGGGGGAAUCUUGAAGAGCAGAAAAGGGAGGCUACUGAGCAGAACGGCCAGGCUCCGAAGUGUAUCUCGUCGCUUCCUUUUGCUUGUUGCAUCCAGGAGUAUGGAGUCAAGUGCUCCCAUCGUGUCGCUGUCAGUGCCGAUGACGGGUCAAAUGGCGAUGAAGUGGGUUCUUCGUGUAAUCACGAUGGCUGUUUUGGGUGGGAGAGGCGGUUCGGGAUGUUCAAAACGAGAAUUAACUAA